AUGAUUGAGUUUAGAUUCAAGCCUAAUUUGAUCACCCUUCUUGCCCUAGUAUCUGCUUGUUCACUCAUUGGGGCUUUUCGAUUGAUAAAAGAGAUUCAUUCAUAUGCUUUUAGGAAUCUGAUUGAGCCUCACCCGCAGUUGAAAAGCGGCUUAGUAGAGGCGUAUGGGAGGUGUGGAUGCAUUGUCUCUGUGCAAUUGGUGUUUGAGAGCAUGACUGAUAGGGAUGUGGUCGCCUGGAGUAGCUUGAUAUCUGCUUAUGCACUUCACGGUGACGCGGCAUCGGCUCUCAAAACAUUCCAAGACAUGGAAUCUGCUAAAGUGCUGCCCGAUGACGUAGCGUUUCUGAACGUGCUUAAGGCUUGUAGUCACGCUGGAUUAGCCGAUGAGGCUCUUGUUUACUUCAAGAGGAUGCAGGAUGAUUACGGUUUGCGUGCAAGCAAGGACCAUUACUCGUGUCUGGUGGAUGUCUUAAGCAGAGUAGGGAGGCUUGAAGAGGCUUACAAAGUGAUCCAAGCUAUGCCUGAGAAGCCAACGGCUAAGACAUGGGGGGCUUUGCUUGGAGCUUGUAGGAACUACGGCGAGGUUGAGCUCGCGGAGAUUGCUGCGAAGGAGUUGUGGAAGGUAGAGCCAGAGAAUCCGGCGAAUUAUGUGCUGUUGGGGAAGAUAUAUAUGAGCGUAGGGAGACAAGAAGAGGCAGAGCGACUUAGAAUGGAGAUGAAGGAGAGAGGAGUGAAGGUUUCACCUGGUAGUAGUUGGUGUCUGUUCAAAGAUUAG